GGGCGGGAACGAGUGGGCACGUCUGUAGGCUUUUUUUCACCACAGGUAAAAAUGGCGCCCAGCUCGAAAUCGGAGAAAGAAGACAAAGGCAACAAACAAAAACAGCAGCGGAAACACAAAGAGCACGUCGUGAAGCUGCUCGCCCGCGGAAAGUUGUCCGGCCGUGUGUCUCAGAGACUGUUUCGCAAGCUGCCACCCCGAGUGUGUGUCCCCUUAAAGAGUAUAGUGAGUGAGGAGUUCCUCCGGGCAGGACACAUCUUCCUGGGCUUUACAAAGUGCGGGCGUUACGUUUUAUCUUACACAAGCGAUUGUGGUGAGGACGAUGAUUUCUCCUUCUACACCUACCAUCUGUACUGGUGGGAGUUUAACCUGCACAGUCGCCUCAAACAGGUGCACCAUGUGCGUUUGUUCGCGGGUGAAGACAUCUACAGUGAGCUGUACCUGACCGUCUGCGAGUGGCACAAUGAUCACUCAAAGAUCGUCAUCUUCGGAUUCAACACUCGCAGUAGCACUGCUCUGAUAAACAUGAUGAUGAGUGAUGAGAAUAACAGGGACAUUUACAUCACGAUCACCUCCAUGCCUCCUGCACAGCGGUGCCAACAGUGCUGCCCUCUGCCCACUACAUCAACCAUACGCACAGGAGGGGAGUGUCUGGAGCACGGCUAUGUCCUGAACGCUCGUUAUCAGGUGGUAUAUCCGUUCCCCACCUUCCAGCCGGCUUUGCAGUUGAAGAAGGAUCAGGUCAUCCUCCUCAACACCAGCUACUCACUGGUGGCCUGCGCCAUCUCGCUCUGCUCUGGUGGAGAGCAGCAUCAGCAGCAGCAGGCGGAUGGACAGAGUAAUCAAAUCCUCUACCGAAAACGAGAGACUCCAUCUUCCUCCUCUCAUCAUCCUCCCAGCCCUUCCUCUUCCUCAUCUUCCUCCUCCUCCUCUCACGGCUCACCCGACCGUAGACCGACCAACCCCCACAUGACGCCGCUCUCCCCCGCCCGAUCCCAAGCCGCGGUCCGAGCACGCGAGUUCGCCGCCGACAUCUUCCGCCGCGCUCAGGCGGGGACGGACGGAGACGCCGAGCGCCGAAGGAAGGACGCCGAGGCUAGAGAGGCGAAAACCUUGGAACGAAGGAGAGCGGAAGAAAGAAAGGUGGACGCAGACGAGCCGUCUACGUCACACCAGAAAGGAAGCGAUCCGGAGGACAGCGUCUCGUCUAACACAGUCAUGUCCCCCGCGUCCACAUCGUCUUUGUGCUCGCUUUCGCCACACGUCGCACCGCCGACAUCCGCAUCCGAGCCGGGUUACGUGAACUAUACACAACUCAGGUACAGGCUGCAGCAACCCGGGACGUCAGAACAGGACAGCAGAGAAGAAGAGGAUAAAGUCCAGCUGCCGUUCACCGUCUCUGACCUGAAGGGACGAAACCUGCAGCUGGUGACUGGACAGUACGCAGGGCCGUGCGUGUGUGUGGAGCAGCUGACCCUGGAUUUCGAGUAUCUAAUCAACGAGGUGAUCAGAAACGAUGCCGAGUGGGCCUCCCAGUUCUGCUCCUUCAGCGACUAUGACGUCGUCAUCCUUGAGGUUUGCCCUGAGACAAAUAUAGUAGUGAUAAACAUCGGACUUCUGCUGCUGGCCUUCUCCAACUGUGAGGAGGAACACAGCAGGCCCAAGUCCUAUCACUCCAGCCUGCAGGUCAGCUGGGAUCUGAACACGGGCGCCUGCUGCACCGUCGGGGUCGGGGACCUCACAGAGGUCAAAGGUCAAACCAGUGGGAGUGUGUGGAGUUCGUAUAGGAAGUCGUGUGUAAACACCGUGAUGAGGUGGCUGGUCCCCGAAAGCAGCUCGCGCUACAUCAACCGCAUGACCAACGAAGCCCUGCACAAAGGUACCUCUCUUCAAGUUCUUGCUGACAGCGACAGAGCCACGUGGAUCGUCCUGUAACGAAGACACACACACACACACACACACACACACACACACACACGCAUUCAGAGAGGUUUUGAUCUCUCAGUUCAUGUUUUGUAUUCAGAAAUACAGGUGUGGAGCGAAGCCUGGAGUCCAGAGAGCCAUACAGACUGCUGCUGCACUGAGAUUCUUUACCCACACGAACAAAGCGUCUUUAAUGCGCCAUCUCUUUUUUCAUCUACAUUUUUUUUAUUGUGUGUGUGUGUACGUGAUCGAUACGUUUGUGUGCAUGGGUAAUAGCUAAUUCGACGGCGUGACCAGCGUCAGUAUCAAUCAGUAUGGACACAUUUAUCUCGGACCACGCUGCUGCAUCAGAGGGAGGGGUUUUUGUUGUUUUUUUUUUAUAUAUAUAUUUUAUCUCUUUCAAAAUCAAAUACACCUGACGUUCUGAAGAUGGUGCUUUAAACCCGAGUCAGCGUUUUUUGCGUUUUGUUUGGUUUUGAAAUUCAGGUUCACGCAAUUCGGGCUUAAUAAAGCUUUAGUUUAACAUAAUUUAGACUUGUAAAGCCGUUUCCUCCCUCACACACACACACACACCAUGUUUCUAUUCUUCAUCCUUUUUUAAUUGAUCUAUUAAACACAAUUUGUUUGACAUUUUAAGGACGUUCGGAUAUGCCGUCUGUUCCACGCACAGUUCGUGUCAUUUCUCCGAUGGAGUGAAGUAAUUAUCAGCCCAGGUUCAGUUGUUGGUUCAGUUGUUGCUUUUUGAUAUCUGAGCAAAUAAAACACUAAAACAUGCUACCAUCCACUAUUCUGAA